AUGGCAUUCAAGGAACCUGUCUCUGAAGAGUGUAGGGUUGCUACUAAUUAUGUGGCAUCUUUUGAGCUGCACAUCAGUGAUGCUUAUUUAUCUAUGGCCUAUUCUUAUCCUUUAGACUCAGUAGAACCUAUUUUUUCUGGAUUCUUUGAAGACCAAGCUGAAUUGAAAAGGGUACAUGGAAAGCAAUUCCUAAAAUAUCUAGUAGGACGUGGAAAUACCGUCUGUCUUCCUGUGAUUAAGCGGCCUGAGAUAGAUAACUGGCAAACCGGCAUAAAAGCUCUGGAAUAUGCUUUGGAAUUGGAGAACCAGUUAAGCCAGCUCCUGAUAGACCUGAAGACCACAGCUUCUGCCGACAAUGACAGUCAUUUCUUACACUUCAUGGGAAAGUACCUGGAUAAACAGAAGAGGAACACAACCUACCUGCAACGCCAGCUUGCAUAUUAUAGAAAUGAAGAAAACCAGGCUCAGGCGGAAGCCUGAUUGGAAAAGCCUGAUGAUAAAAAGCCUGUCGAGUAAAUAGAUCCAACAUCCGAGGGCAACAGAGCAAGUCUUCCCAUUGUAGUUGUUCCCAAA